ACAAAAAUUGGGUAAAAUGAGUACGUACCGCUUGAUAAUCAUCAUAGUAAAUACCCUCUUCUUGGAUAAAAUCGGCAAUUUUUUCAGGAUCCGGACAGUGAUUCGACGGUUUUUAGUGAAAACCAAAGAAAAGUUUUUUGAAGGCAGAACAGACUUAGCCGCAACCAACAAAACAACUACUUCCAAGGUUUUUGGGUGGGGAGGGGGAUGGGUAGAGUGAGAAACUUAGAGAGAGAGAGAGAGAGAGAGGAGAUUGGGAUUUUGGUGUGCAGAAAAUGAGAGAAAGGGGUGGGUUUACAUAGGGAAGGAACCGCGUGCUGGAGGGGCGGUUUGGUCUUUUUACCCCAUCAAAAACCGCGCCUCCAGCACACGGUUUACGUUUCCCAACGCGCAAACCGCGCCGGUUCAUAAGUUGGUAAUCGAGUACUAAGACAUCAACAAAAUACUAACGGAGUUAAUGGAGUCUAACGGAGACUAACGACCGGUGACUAAUGGUGAAACGAGUCGUAAAGUUAGUGGUGAAUAAGAAAGUAAAUUAAUUCGGGUGACAAACUUGAAACAUUUAUGUAAUUUGAGUGACCAAACGUGUAAUUUAGCCAUUCGGUUCGUGAGAUCCCGACCGCGAAGUGGAGCACUUCGACCGCAAACUCUGGAAGGAUUCGUCGCUGGGAGAACAGAGAGUUUCCCCACUCUCUUCGCAAGCAACGUUGAUCCAGAUAGGGUUGGCAUUUCAGUUAGUUCGGUUAUAACCGAUAACCGAAAUGCCGGUUACCGGUUAACCGAGACAGGAGAGGUGACUACUGCCAACCGCCCGAAGAAAAGCUUCGGUUAGCCGGCAACCGGCCGGUCGGUUGCUUGGUUAACCGAAGUAACCGCGGCUGGGCACUAGCUUUGAUGAGGAAUCAAAAUUGGAAAAAGAGAGACAGAUGCUAAAUCAAAAGCCGCAAGCAAUCCCUAACCCUUUUGCUUUAAUUAUGCAUUAGAUAGAUUCCUGCCCAUCAUUUUGAUCCCCUCCCUUUACAUUCUCCCAAUAUAGCUCCUCCCUCCCUGCUAGCACUCUCCCCCUUCUCGAUCUGCACCUCCAUCUCCAUUCUUCACUCUAAUCAUCAAUUCGAAGAAUGAAGUUCUGGCUCCUAAGACAAAAUAAACUUACAUAGUUUAAUGGCUACAACAGAGGAGCACUGGUCGCCGUUUGGUAAAUGGCGCCGACGAGCAGAGGAGGCAGGUUGCGGGCUCGCGGCGGCGGAAGGAAUUGGAUGGCUGGCGGGCGGCGGCGAUGGCGGAGGGUCUCGACUCUCGCCGUCUCGCGAUGGCAGGCGGCAGCGGCAGGGAGCAGCGGCAGUCGGGAGGCAGUGCCGGCAGGAGGCUCUCGGCUCCAGUCUCCACUCUCGGAUCUCGGCCUCUCGCGAUGCGCAGAAGAGAUUGAGGGAUUGAGGGUCUACAGUGCGGCGUCGAUUAAGGUAGAGGCCCUAGGGAGAAUCUCGGACACGGCGUCGUCGGUUUGCUUGAGGCCGGCUAGUUGUGCCGGUUAACCGGCACGACCAGUCUCGCUACCGCCAACCGCCCGCAUAUCAUUUUUUUGGUUAUUCGGUUAACCGGUAACUGCCGGUUACGGUUUAACCGGCCGGUUAACCGGCAAUCGAUAACCGAAUGGCCAGCCCUAGAUCCAGACUGAGGAAAAAGAUCAUGUCCGUGACACACAAGUUUGCGGCCGCGAUCUUCUAUCUUCAGGCCGCGAACUAGCUCGAGAUUUUCAGCGCCUUUAAAUAGUGGAGUUGCUGGAGAGAAAAAGGAGGGUCGCCUUAUAGUUAGAAAGUUAGGGUUUUGGAGUGUUUUAGACAGGGAAUCACCUUGGGAGAGCUUUAUUGAAGAUCCAAUCAACCCAAGGAGCAAGGAGAAGGUGCAAGCAAGGAGAACAAGCUUGAUUCUAUCAUUCCCCUCUUCUAGUUUGUGUUUUCUUCCUCUCUCUAAUGACUUGAAUCUCUAAUGAUUGUUUAUGGAAUAUGAACCCGAGUUUAUAGGUUGUGUAUGAAUGGGUUAUGUAUGAAUGUGUCUGACUAGUUGAUUUGAAUGUCAUUCUAUCCUUGAUUGUGUUUGGGUAAGUCGCACUAAUCUACUCUAUUAGGGUUAGACGGGUAUACGUCAUCAAGCCAAUCGAGAUAGAUGUAUGAAUGGGGUCCUAUAGUGGUCGAAGCGACCGAACCCCAGCUAUAGGUAACCUUCCUAGAAAGAACCGCAAAUGAAACCUCGGUGUGGACGGUGGAUAGUGUCUAUUGAAAGAAGCCAUGAGCUUAAUGCCACACAUACGAUAGUCUAGAUCGAGGUGACUAUAUAUGGGUUUAGGGGAGGCGUACUUGGUGGCGUGUGGAUAACCACGAAAGCCCACAGAAAAGAGCUCACUCACCCCAUUCGAUUGACCCUACUUGACAACCAUAGCUAGGAGGAUUCGACCUUAGGCAACCAUCUCACCUCUAGCGGUUUCCCAAUCACUUGGUUGCUUGUUUAGGAGUAGGUUAAAUUAGUUCAAACCCCUCAUCAAACUUUCGACCCGAUUAUAUAGUAGUUCGGAGCAAAGUAAUAAUAAACUUAGGGAUCCCAU